GACCCUGGAGUGGGGGGGGCCGAAAGGGGCUGGGCCGCGGCCGGAGGCUCCCGCGGCCAUAUUUAGGUCGGGCACUUCCCUUCUGGUGCAGCUGCUUUUCCCGCCGCCACCGGAGGAUCAUCUACCCUUUGGUACAGACCAAAGAGCAAGUAGUAAUUGGACAGGGGAAGAAUGGCCUUGAAACAGGUUUCCAGCAGCAAGUGCUUUGGCGGACUGCAGAAAGUUUUUGAACAUGACAGUGUUGAACUGAAGUGCAAAAUGAAAUUUGCUGUCUAUUUACCACCAAAGGCAGAAACUGGAAAGUGCCCUGUGCUAUAUUGGCUGUCUGGCUUAACUUGCACAGAACAAAAUUUUAUCUCAAAAUCUGGUUAUCAUCAAGCUGCUUCGGAACAUGGCCUUGUCGUCAUCGCUCCAGAUACCAGCCCUCGUGGCUGCAAUAUUAAAGGAGAAGAGGACAGCUGGGACUUUGGCACUGGCGCUGGGUUUUAUGUCGAUGCUACUGAAGAUCUUUGGAAAACUAACUAUAGAAUGUACUCUUACGUAACGAAGGAGCUUCCCCAACUCGUAAAUGACAAUUUUCCAGUGGACCCCCAAAGGAUGUCUGUUUUUGGCCACUCUAUGGGAGGCCAUGGAGCUCUGAUCUGUGCUUUGAAGAAUCCUGGAAAAUACAAAUCUGUGUCAGCAUUUGCUCCACUUUGCAACCCAGUGCUCUGUCGUUGGGGCAAAAAAGCCUUUACCGGAUAUUUGGGAACAGAUCAAAGUAAAUGGGAGGCUUAUGAUGCUACCUGUCUUGUGAAGUCCUAUCCAGAUUCUCAGCUGGAUAUACUAAUUGAUCAAGGGAAAGAGGACGAGUUCCUUUCUGAUGGACAGUUACUUCCUGAUAACUUCAUCGCUGCCUGUACAGAAAAGAAAAUCCCUGUUGUUUUCAGAUUACAAGAGGGUUAUGAUCACAGCUACUACUUUAUUGCAACCUUUAUUGCUGAUCACAUCAGACAUCAUGCAAAAUACCUGAAUGCAUGAAAAACUUCAGAUAAGAGAAUCUCUUCAGGAUUAUAAAAUUGUAAUAAACAGAAUUGCAAGGAAAUAAGAUUUUAAAACUUUGGAUUUCAUAAUGCUAAAAAUGCUUCAUUCUGUAGUUGAAUCACUCACUGAAUAAAUAUAUCAAACCUGCUUCUGAUUUUAAAA